AGCCAAGCACACAUUCUUCCACACAUUAAUCUACCCAGAGGGGUGAAGUGGAUGCGGACACUAGUUUGGAUGCAAGGCUGAAAGUUAAAUAAUGACUCCCCAGUUGACCCUUUCCUGACAAGCAAAGAAGAUCAGGAAAGGUCACCAAAAAGGUCAAGGAUCAACGCACUUGUUGCUAUAUUUGGAUCUGAUCUGAAGUGCAGAAACCCUCUUUGCCCUUUCACCGGCUGCUCACCAACAUGUUACUGCGGCCCAGUCUCUCUGAAUGUCAAGAGCCAUCUCUGGUUGCGUCCUGUUCUUUUUAUAGCUGGGCAGCUGAAAUGUGAGGGGUCACAAUGGGAGGAUAAAUACAAGGGCCAGCGCGCGGGCUGCAGGCUGUCACAGACGAAGGCCAGAUCUUCUCUCCCUCUCUCUUCUCUCAGCUCUCCUCCUAACCUCAAAGAGUCAGGAUGCCUCACUCAUUUCCCUUCCUCACUCCUGAGCAGAAGAAGGAGCUCAGCGAUAUUGCUCACAAGAUCGUCGCUACCGGCAAGGGAAUCCUCGCAGCAGACGAGUCCACUGGCAGCGUGGCCAAGCGCUUCCAGAGCAUCAAUGCUGAGAAUACUGAGGAGAACAGGAGGCUGUACCGCCAGCUCCUCUUCACCGCUGAUGAACGCAUCAACCCUUGCAUUGGUGGCGUCAUCCUCUUCCAUGAGACCAUGUACCAAAAGACUGACGAUGGAAAGGUCUUCACCCAGUACCUCAAAGAAAGAAACAUGGUGGUGGGCAUCAAGGUCGACAAAGGUGUUGUCCCCCUGGCCGGAACCAACGGCGAGACAACCACCCAGGGUCUCGAUGGACUGUAUGAGCGCUGUGCCCAGUACAAGAAGGAUGGUGCUGACUUUGCCAAGUGGCGCAGUGUGCUGAAGAUCACCCCCACCACUCCCUCAAAACUGGCCAUCUUGGAGAACGCCAAUGUCCUGGCCCGUUACGCCAGCAUCUGCCAGAUGCACGGCAUCGUCCCCAUCAUUGAGCCUGAGAUUCUCCCUGAUGGUGACCAUGACUUGAAGCGCUGCCAGUACAUUACUGAGAAGGUCCUGGCUGCCGUCUACAAGGCCCUGUCCGACCACCACGUCUACCUGGAAGGCACCCUGCUCAAGCCUAACAUGGUUACGCCCGGACACUCCUGCUCACACAAGUACAGCAACCAGGAGAUUGCCAUGGCAACUGUUACUGCCCUGCGCCGCACUGUGCCCCCUGCAGUCCCUGGCGUUACCUUCUUGUCUGGUGGCCAGAGUGAGGAGGAGGCUUCCAUCAAUCUGAAUGCCAUGAACCAGUGCCCUCUGCACAGGCCCUGGGCUCUGACCUUCUCAUAUGGCCGUGCCCUUCAGGCCUCGGCCCUCAAAGCCUGGUGCGGCAAGAAGGAGAAUGGAAACGCAUGCCAGGAAGAGUUCAUCAAGAGAGCCCUGGCUAACAACCAGGCCUGCCAGGGCAAAUAUGCUUCCGCAGGAGCCAGCGCUGCUGGUGGAGAGUCACUGUUUGUGGCCGACCACGCUUAUUAAGUAUGGACACUCACAAUUUCUCUUUCCACCUUCUUACCACCAUUAUUAUUUUAUCAUGGAGAAGACCAUGCCCUUGUGGGCACCACAUAUACAACUGCUAUUGAACAACAGCACUUUUAUAGAAUAUUGGUAGAAAGUGAAAGAGAAACGUCCGUGUGGGGCCGUUGGUGCAACCAUUCUGAGAAAGUGCUCUGCCUCCAUUCCCUUACCUUUUAUUUUUAAACCUUUUUUCAGGUGAAGAUUCCCACACUGUUUUUACACAACUUGUACUUUUUUUCUUGGUCUGAUUCCAGCAAGUGCAGUUAAUGGUUUGUACUGGUACCAUGGAAUAAAGUAUUUACCCUUU